AUGAGGUCAGACCCUAGCACUCGAAAGUCAAGCGCUUUCUGCGAAUUUCACCAAGAAAGGGGUCACAAAACCGAAGAUUGCACAGGACUACGACAAGAAGUAGUACGAAUACUAAACCAAGUUCACCUAAAGGAGCUACUGAGCGAUCGAGGACGAACUAACUUCGCCCGCGAACGCAAACAACCCCAAGGACCUCCAAAACCGCCUUCUCCCACUCGCACCAUACAAAUGAUCAUCUGCGGGGGCGAUGACGCGGCGAUCAAUCAUGUCAAGUUCACCACCACACAUAAACUCAAACGAUCAAUUACCCACGAACGAUAUGAUGACCUCGAAGAUAGUAUCAUUUUCGAUAAGUCGGAUACCAACAGUUUGUCUUUCAAUGACUAUGAUGCUCUUGUUAUCACUUUACGUAUCGCAGAUACUGAUAUAAAAAGAAUAAUGGUAGAUGACGGGAGCGGCACGUAUAUUAUCCAUCCUCGAGUCCUCGUGCAGAUGAGACUCGAAGAUAAAAUAAUAUUGCGUUGUAUAACGCUAACAAGUUCUAAUAAUGUGUUGAACGGACUUCUGGAGAGAUAA